CGAUGCUGUGGAGCUGCUCGGCACAUUUGGAGAUCAGGAUUUCACAGCACGGAGGGACUGCAGCUGAGCAGUUAACAAAGGCAUCAAUCUGGAGGUUUCCAACCCUCUGAAGAUGUACGGCCUGUACCUCGAAGCCGUCAACGAUUACAUUAACGAAUCCUACGGAGAGGACGUGUGGAGACUCAUCGAGAACCGAGCAGAGAUACCCCACCUCAAGUUCGUCCGACAUCAGAUGUACAAUGACAACCUGAUCCUGAGGUUGGCGAAGGCGGCGGGCGAGGUUCUGGGAAAGACCCACGACGAGCUGAUGUACGCCUUCGGGGUCUACAUGGUCAAGAGGAUCGGAAACUACGGAUACGAGCGGAUCCUAAAGGUCUUGGGGCGAAAUGUGCGCGACUUCAUCAACGAGCUGGACAACCUGCACGAGUACUUUCGCUUCUCCUUCCCCAAAGUGCAGCCGCCCAGCUUCUGCGUGGAGGAGGAGUGCGAGACGAGCCUCACGCUGCACUACCGCAGCACCCGCAAGGGCUUCACCCAGUUCGUCAAAGGGCAGCUGUCUCAAGUGGGACGGCAAUUCUACAGCACAGACAUCGAAGUGGAGAUCCUGUCUAAAGAGGAGACAGAGAAAAUGACGUAUGUGGUCUAUAAGAUGAACUUCGACAACGCCGCUUUCAAACACCGCAUGCCGCAGCAGAAGACGGCGCCGGGCUACGAGAAGCUGCCGAUGAAGCGAGGCAUCUUCUUCGACAUGUUCCCCUUCAGCGUCAUCUUCCGCCGCGACAUGACCAUGUACCGCAUCGGGGACGGCCUCAAAGAGGUCUUCUCCGACCUCCAGGGCAAGAAAGUCAACGAGGAGUUCACUCUGAUCAGACCCAUGCUGGAGUUCAGCUGGGAUAACAUCUACACACAUUUGAACAAUGUGUUUGAGCUGCUGUCGGUAGCGGUGGUGGAGAGCAAGCAGAAGGUCAACAUGCCCAAACUGAGCAAGGAGGAUCCGGAGGAGGGACGAGAGAAGGAGGAGAAUGAGAAAGCAAAGAGGGAAGAAGAAAGAGAAGAAGGGAGGUCCAAGGAAUUGGAGGAGAUGAAAGGCUCGGACCAGGAGUACAGCGGCACCGUCACCCAGUACAACAGCUCGGCAAACUCCGGAGGCGAGGACAUCGAACUGCUGGCCUUCCAGACUGUCACCGGGAAGUGCAGCGAGACCAUCUUUGAGGACAUGCGGGAGCCCCCGAAGAAACCUCUCCACCUGAAGGGCCAGAUGAAGUACGUCCCGCCGUGGGACUCCCUCAUCUUCCUGGGGACCCCCAUUAUAGAGACAGUGGAGGACAUGAUAAAGAUGGGGGUGUACGUGAAUGAUCUGAACCUGCAUGACUCCAGCAGAGAGCUGAUUCUGGCCGGGACGCAACAAUCGGCUGAGCUACAACUGGCCCUCGACCAGGAGCAACAGAAAUACGCUCAGCUGCAGGAAAUCAUCAAGAAGCUGGACGAGGAGAAGAAGAGAGGAGAUUCUUUGCUGUACGCCAUGAUCCCUAAAGCUGUGGCCGACCGCCUCAGGAAGGGGAUCACUGCGCUGGAGACAUGCCAGGUCUUCCCAGAUGUGACCAUCCUGUUCAGCGACGUGGUGAAGUUCAACGAGAUCUGCAUCCACAUCACUCCCAUGCAGGUGGUGGACAUGCUCAACGAGAUUUACAUCGUGUUCGACACGCUCAGCGAGAAGCACAACGUCUAUAAGGUGGAGACGAUCCGUGACGCCUACAUGGUGGUGGCGGGCGUGCCCAACAAGACCACCUUUCACGCGCACCACAUCUGCGACAUGGCCCUGGACAUGCUUAGCUCCAUCGACCACCUGAAGGACCCGUCCACCGGGGACAACAUCCAGAUCAGAGUCGGUAUUCACUCGGGGAUGGUGGUGGCAGGUGUGGUGGGUCUGAAGAUGCCUCGCUACUGCCUGUUCGGAGACACAGUGAACACAGCCUCCAGGAUGGAGAGCAAUGGAGUGGGCAUGCAGAUUCACAUCAGUCAGACGACUAAAGACCACCUGGAACACGAGCCCUAUAUCAUCGAGGAGAGGGGCAAAAUAUUUGUGAAGGGUAAAGGCUACAUGAAGACCUACUGGCUGAAAGGGAAGAGAGAUUUAUCGUUCAAGACCCCGGCAGAGCUGCGCUACAGCGCCGAGCAGAAAGACUCCGAGGACAUGAGCUCUAAUGGCUCCAUAAGCUCCAACACCAAGCGCAUGGGAUCCAACCUCAACAUCGGCGGCAGCGAGGAGCAGGUGGAGGCCAAGCCGAGCCCCAGCGACCUCCCCCUGGAACCCGCCCCGCCACCAGAGGUCGCCAGCGAGCCCGCUGCCGUCUCAGACGAGCCCCAGGAGAAGGAGAAGGAGAAGGAGAAGGCCAAAAAGACUAAAAACAACAAGGGGCCCAAGCUGGAGGGCCCCCCGGUGAACGCCGUGCCCGAGUCCUUGCCCCCCGAGGAGAACCCGGCUCCCCUAAUCAACAGCAAGAGGAACAGCUUCAGGCAGCAGUACGCCAAGCUGCCCACCACCCUGCCCAUGCGCAGUGCCUCCUGCUCCAUCCUGUGAGCAGAGGGGGGAGAGUGGGGCGGUGGGAUUACAAGACAAACCCCAACAUGUGAUGAGGGUGUGAGGCUAAAUAUACCA